CGGCUUGUUGGGUCCAUCUACCAGCCUGGCACCGCCUCCUCCCACCUCCUGUCCGUCAUGGGGGAGUCCGAGCAGCAGGUACCCGAAUCAGGUGCUAUAUUCACAUUUGGGAAAAGCAAAUUUGCAGAAAAUGUGCCCAGCAAGUUUUGGUUUAAAAAUGAUAAGCCUUUUUACAUAUCAUGUGGAGAUGAACAUACAUCGGUUGUUACAGAAAAUGGUAAACUAUACAUGUUUGGAAGCAACAACUGGGGACAACUAGGCCUUGGAACAAAGAAUACUGUCAGCAAGCCAACUUGUGUGAAAGUUCUAAAACCUGAAAAAGUAAAACUAGCUGCUUGUGGGAGAAAUCAUACUUUGAUCUAUACAGAGAAAGGAAACCUGUAUGCCACUGGGGGUAACAGUGAAGGACAACUGGGAUUAGGAGGCACAGAAGAAAGAAGUGCAUUUCAUCUAGUUAAUUAUUUUACCAGUCAGCACAAGAUCAAACAGUUAGCAGCUGGAUCCUACACAUCAGCGGCAUUAACUGAGGAUGGACAACUUUUUAUGUGGGGAGACAACUCUGAAGGCCAAAUAGGCUUGGGUAAUGAAGCUAAUGCAUGUGUUCCUCAUCAAGUGGAUGUUGGGAAACCUGUUUUCUGGAUCUCUUGUGGAUAUUAUCAUUCUGCCUUAAUAACAUGUGAUGGAGAACUUUAUACUUUUGGGGAGUCUGACAAUGGGAAACUAGGUUUGUCACUUGAACAACUGAAAAACAAUAGAGUCCCACAGCUUGUUUCUGGAAUUCCAAGAAGAGUUAAUAAGGUUGCCUGUGGAGGAGGACAUACAGUAGCACUGGCAGGAGGAGAGGUCUUUACCUUUGGCCUAGGCCAAUAUGGGCAACUUGGACUUGGCACAUUUAUCUUUGAAACUUCUGAACCAAAGAUGGUAGAUCAUCUGGGAAAGCAAAAAAUAUGUAACAUUGCAAGUGGAGAAAACCACACAGCUUUAAUAACAGAGAAUGGUCUUAUGUAUACUUUUGGCGAUGGACGGCAUGGCAAAUUAGGACUUGGGAAAGAAAAGUACACUAAUCAGUUUGUACCUACAUUAUGUUCUAAUUUUUUGAGGUUUACUGUCCAUUUGGCUGCUUGUGGUGGCUGUCAUAUGCUGGUUUUUGCCACCCCAAGGCCUAAAAAAUCUGAUAACAUUCAUGAGCUAGAAGAAAAUGAGCACAGUUUAUCAGUUAAAGUCACUGAAAUGGGAGGAGAUGCAGACACCUUUCAGCAAACAUUUUCAGCACGUGUGCGACGGAGAGAGAAGAAGGAAAAAUCGCCAGAACAAUGCAGUCGAUUGGUGCGAACACUUCCCCCAUUGGGGAAAACUUCCUUAAAACUUGCAUCAAGUGACAUCAGCAGUACUCUUCCGCUUGGCAGAACUGAUAGUAAUAAAGAAUCUGAAUCUAUUAUGGAUCAUGAAACAGGAGAUAAGAAAGAGAAGAACAGUGAUACAGAGGACAACUUAACAGACAAUGAUUCAGAUGAAAAUGAAGAAAGAACCCUCGGUGAUACUACAGAUGUCCUAAAUAUGACCCAUGUGAUGAGACUAAAUCCAAAUGACCAAUUGGUAGAAUUAGUACCAGUUCAAAAACAAAAGUUUCAACAGUCAUCUGAUGAGGAAGAUAGAAGUGAUAGUUAUAAUACCGAAGAACAAGUAGAACAAGAACAAAAAGGGAAACAUCAAGAAAAACAAUUUAAUACUGCUCAGGUUCCUAAAGAGGAAAAGAGAAAUACAUAUUUUGAGAAUGGAGAAAAUAAUCAUAUGGCUGUAGAAAUCAUAGAGGAUCAAAAAAUGUCUGAUGAGGAAGCAACUUGUAUUAGCAGUGAUGAUGACAAUGAAAAAGUCCAUGAUGAAAACAAAGAUUGUGAAAAAGAAGAGAAAGAACCAGAUGCAGCAGAAUAUUAUGAAGAUCAAGCUCUUAAUGAAGAGGAACUAAGCAGUCUAUUAUGUGAAAAUGAAGAAAAUAAUCUUAUAAAUAUGGAAACAACAGAGAAAGAUAAACCUAUUCCAGAUAAUAGCCCAGUUAAACAAGCAUGUGAAAAUGCUGAGAUUCAUACGGAGAAUAAUUUUUCUCAAGCAACUACAGACAAUCAAGACAGAACAUCUGGAAGACUGCUAGAUAAAGCAAAAAGGUUUUCUUUUUUUAAAAGGUCUAUGAAGCAGAAAAAUGCACAUAGUUGGGAUGAAAGCAAACUGGAAAACCUACCUCAAAGUGAACAGGAUACAGGAAAUCAAGCCAGUGUAUCUGCUGAAACAAGUAAAGAUGAAAAUCAGAACCAUACUCAGAAAAAUCAAAGAGGAUCACCAUCAAUAUAUCAAAACAGAAAGUCCUCCUCUACAUGUAUAAUUCUAUAGUAAUGAAAGUAUAAGGCUUGUAUAUAUGUGAGGUCUUACAAGCAGGUAUUGCAGUUUAUACAUGGAAACAAUAAUGGCAUCUAUGUAAUAAUUGCAUUUUUUUGUAAAAUUUAGCAUUUGGGGACUGAUCUACAUUAACUUGGACCAACUUCCAAUAUUUAUUUGUAUUCAUAAUUUUACCAUUGCAAAAAAUGGGAAAUACAGUCUUAUUGAUUUGUUGUGGCCUUAACUUUCAGUGAUUUUAAUAAAAU